AUCUUCAGUCACCGGUUCGGCGCUCACAAACAUGGCUGCGCUACUCUUAUUCGUGUCUCUGUUAACAGUAUUAAUUUCUUUACUGUACUAUAUUUCUCAAAGAAAGUUCGGCUACUGGGAGAAAAGAAAUGUGCCUUACGUGAAGCCUCUGCCGCUCUUGGGCAACUAUGCAAAGUACAUGCUUCAGAAACAGUAUCCUGGUCAAAUGCUGCAGGAGCUUUGCAAACGGUUUCCUGAUCGAUCUUACUUCGGAGCUUUCUUCGGAACCGAGCCUGUGCUGGUGGUGAAUAGCCCUGAAGUCGUGAAAGAUGUCUUUACAAAGGAUUUUUAUUAUUUUAACGGCAGGGAAAUUUCGGACCAUGUCGAAAACGAAAUAAUAACUCGGAAUCUUUUCUUUGCCAGUGGCGAUAAAUGGAAAGUUGUACGUCAAAAUCUCACAGCAUUAUUCUCUUCUUCUAAGAUGAAGAAAAUGUUUUACUUGCUUGAGAAAUGCAACCACAGCUUGGAAGACAUGCUGACAUACGAGACAUCUAAGAAUAAUGUUAUAGAAGCCAGGGACCUCGGCGCGAGGUACACCAUGGACUGCAUCUGCUCGUGUGCUUUUGGCGUUGAUUCAAUGGUUAUGGGCAAGGAGACGAAUAAUGUUUUCAAAACUAUGGCUGAACAGAUUUUCGAAGCUUCAAAUACCCGAGGACUGAAAAUGAUUCUUAGAGCAGCAUGGCCAAGCCUUUUCUACGGAAUGAAAAUGCAACUUUUUCCUUCAACAAUCGAUGAAUUCUUUUCAAAAUUGUUGAAAGGAGUUUUCGAAAGUAGGAAUCACAAACCAUCACCAAGAAACGAUUUUGUAGAUUUAGUUUUGACAUUCAAAAACGAGGAAAACUUAAUAGGUGACAGUAUCAGUAACUCGAAAACUGGUAAAGAUACUAAAAUUAAACUAAAAGUGGAUGAUGACUUGCUAGUGGCUCAGUGUAUUUUGUUCUUUGCGGCUGGAUUCGAGACAUCAGCGACUACCAUAAGUUUCACUUUGUUUGAGCUUGCAAAGAAUCCUGCCGUACAAGAAAAAGUAAUCGCGGAAAUAGAUGAAUACGUUGCGCGCCAGAAAAAUAAGUUAGAAUAUGAAUGUGUGAAUGACUUGCCGUACCUUGACGCAGCUGUUUACGAAACACUUCGCAUGUACCCCAUAUUUGGAAUACUUACCCGUGAAGUUAUGGACGACUAUCAAUUUGCGGAUGGCGUGAAAGUAGAAAAGGGACUUCGAGUGCACAUUCCAGUGUACCACUUCCACUUUAACCCUGAUUACUUCCGUGACCCUGAGGAGUACAAACCUGAACGAUUUUUACCUGAAAACAAGAAAGACCUAAAACCCUACACUUUCUUCCCGUACGGAGAAGGACCCAGGAUCUGCAUAGGAAGUCGUUUUGCUAAAAUGCAAGUUAUGGCGGGCCUUAUUACCAUCUUGAAGGAAUACAGAGUCGAGCUUGGAGAGGACAUGCCCAAAUCACUGAACCUGGAUGCGCGAACAAUUCUGAUUGCUCCUCGUGAACAAGGUCUUAAUAUUAAGUUCAUCAGACGUGAAGGUUCUGAGCAAAGGAAAUGGGUUCGUACGUGAGACGACCCUGAACCUACAAAAGUGCUUGAUAUGUGACCCGGACUAUAUUAAUAAAACAGAAAAGGUGAGAACAAAAUGUUUUUUUUUGUAUAAUUUACGCCAUUUAUAACUAGGAACAAACUGUUGCAUUUUCAAUAUUGAUAAAUAGUUGCGAUGAAAUGAUAAUGGUGGUUUAAGACAAGAUUUUUAGGAUAUUACACAGCCAAAUUUAUAAGCAGUCUCCAAUAAGAGUCGUACAGAAUAACACUAUCAUCAGUUAUUUAUUAUUCAGACAUGAUUAAUCGCGAUAAACACCAAUCGGGUCGAGAAUUUAUAAGAUUAUUAUUGAACACGUUAAGUUAAUAGUUGAGACAGAAAACACCUGCAACAAUCGACGCCAUAUGAGAAAUUCCCCCCGCAGCUAGCAACAACAAAAACAAUCCAUGUGUUGGAGCAUCAUGAUAACUAUUAUGAUAUAAUAAAUAAUAUUAGAUGAUAGUCAGAGUAGGUUGAAGAAGGGUAUGGAGGCCGUUGCCCAGCUGUAGGAUACUCUGCUAGUAACAAUAAUUAAUAUGACCUUAUCUACCCUGGCUGCUAAAGACCAUUCACAAUUGGACGUAGUGUCAUAACUAAAUGAUAUACGAAUAAAACUGUUUGAUUAAAUGUAUACAAAAACUUGUAUACACGAAAAUUCAUUUUUAGGUUCACAAACACUCAAACCAGUUCUUUAAGAAAUUCAAAACGUAAGUUGUAUUUAUAAUCUUAAAAAAACUGUAUGUAUUCUGUUAUCGAUAAAACAUGAAUUGAUAAUAGUAG